AUGAGCUCGUCACGAACAUCAAGAGCUCGACAUGGCCGAAAACGCCGUCUCGGUAAUAGUCAACCAUCAGCUGGGCUACGGUUUACACGAAUCAGUUGCGCUGUUAUUUGGUGUUUACUUGCUGGAGCACCAAUCUUUGGAUUUUCUGCUUUUAAGCAGGUUUUGGUUGCCAAUGGCGUUUACAGAGAGUUCUGUACUCCACAGGAAGUGGAAUGGUGGUCUGAGAAAGGUAGUCACGGUCCUUUACUCUGCACCGAACAAGAUUACAGACUUAAUUCCAUGUUUGCUUAUGCCUUGGCUAUAAGUGGUCUGCUGGUCUUACCAGUAUCAGCCAUUUUGGAUGUUUAUGGACCCCGGGUUUGCGGGAUUUUGGCCAGUAUUCUGCUCACAUUUGCCAGUCUGUCACUGAGAGCUGGUACUUCCAUUACUGUUGGUCCGUACCUUGACGGGUAUAUUCUCGGCUAUAUUUUGCUUGGUUGUGCCAGUCCUCCAUUAUUUAUGAGCUCACUACAAUUGAGUACCUCAUUCCCCAAAUACGGAGGCUCUAUCUUAGUUCUAUUGACGGCUGCUAUGGAUGGCUCCUCCGCUGUGUUUUUAGCUUUUAAACUUGCUGACAGGAAUGGAUAUAUAGGGUCUAUUUCGCAAUUUUUCACUUGGUAUCUUUUUGUACCUGCAUUCGUAUUUAUCAGUCAGUUUGUUAUCAUGCCUAGCCGUGGUUUCAAGACUGUAGCGGAACUCCAGCGUAUUAUCGAGGUAUCCUCUCCAUUUACUCUUGCAGGUAAAUCUCGUGGCGAUGAAGAGAAUAAUGCCGAUGAUGAUGGAUAUUCUUAUAAAUGGUACAGACAGCAGAAUAAUGGUCACAAUGGAAGCAGAGGAGAUUCGACUGGGGCAGGCAACUCAUACUCGUUUCCAGAGAUUGCAUCCUCUCAAAAUGAGGAUUCAACCCCAGGAGAAAUCGAUUUCACUGGUGCUUACCGUGAUAAUAUUGAUGGUAAUCGGGCCACCUCAGGUAUCAAUGUCUCGAGCACCGUGCCACGUUCUGAAAGCUUGAGUCCUAACACAUCAACUAUUAAUGAUGGUGAUGAUGCGGAAGGUGAAAACAGUCCUCUGCUACAGCACGGAGACAGUAGUGAGACAUUUGACGACAAUGACGAGUACAAUAAUAUACUAGCCGACGAAGAAGAAGCAGUUGCCAACCUGAACUUGGUGAAAGACGUCACUGAGGUAUCAGGUGUUUGGGGUGCUCUACACAAUGCCCGAGUAUCACAGCAACUCACAAGCAUGUGGUUUAUUCUCAUUAUUCUGUUUUCAGCAGUUACAACCCUGCACAUCAACUAUUUUAUUGCCUCCAUCUGGAAGAGUUAUAAUUACCGCCUAGAUGGCGACACAACUUCUGGUAGUCGAGAAGUCAAACUAAUUUUGGACUACUUUGACUUUGCUCUACCCAUUGGCUCUAUUUUAUCAGUUCCAUUUAUCGGAUUUAUUCUUGACAAUAUGUCAACUCUUCGGGCUUUCACCAUUAUCUAUGUCCUGGCUAUCAGCAUAGGAUUUUUACAGCUUGUGUCAGGUUCAGUAGUUGCUGGUUGUCUUGGAAUCACUCUUUUUGUCCCCUAUCGCUCACUGCUCUUUACGGCUAUUCCAGACUAUACUGUAAACAUUUUUGGUUUCCACACAUUCGGCCUGGUCUACGGGUUGAUUCUGGCCGUAUCAGGGCUUGCAAACUUGCUAAUUUUGCAGUUUAAUAGCGGCCCAUUAAAAAUGCACCAUCGUCUUGCUGACCCUAACUCGACAAAUGAGUUACUUCUAGGGCUCACCGCUUUGGUAGGCCUGGUGCUCAUCAUGUACAUCUGGCUUCAGGGUAAAAAGAUUCGACGUAAGCAGCUCGAGGAUGAGGCCGAAAGCGCACCCAUCCAACAAAUGCCAGAGGCUCGCAUCACCACCAAUCAUGAUUGUCGCUCCGGCACCUGUGAUGAUUGUGUAUGCGAAGCUAAUGUUAACUAG